CCAUAGUUACACAGAUUCAAAGGAAAAUAAAGUAUAUAAUCUUUUUAAUAAAGUCUAUACUUAUCUAUCAAAAAUUGUCUUUGGAUAGAAUCAUCAAAAACCAUUUAAAUACCCAUUGAAAUGCUUAAAUAUUUUAAAAAGCCCAGGAGAACAGAUGACGUGUGUUAUGUAGUUGUUAGAUAUUGAAAAUAAUAGGUAUGCACGAAAGGAAAAUCAGGUGGUAUCCAUCUUGGAAAGGCCACUAAACCCUUUCCGUUGACAAAACUGAAUAAAACAAACAUACCAGAUCACCAAUAAGCUUGAAUAUAUAUAUCUUUUUUUUAUCAAGGACUAUAUUAUAAAAAAAAACUCAAUUAUUAGACCAUGAGUUCGUAUAUGGUGAAGUAAGGGUUAUAUGGAAAAGUUAAGGCCGCCCUCUUCUAAUUGUCAUUGACUUCAAAGUAAACCUAUAUCUCUUCUUUUCCAAUCAAGAUUCUCUAUAUAUAAAAGAGAUUCAAGAAACAUAUAACUUCAGAAAAACAAAAACAAAGAAACAAAUGGAGACAUGGAGAAAAAUGAAAUCUUUUGGGCAUAAGAGCUCUUCAAUCACGGCUUCGAUCACCAAGAGCAAGUCAUGGAAUGGCUCUGCUCAUCUCGAGAAUGCUAAUAACAAGGAAUCAACUGGAAAUAUCAAGAAAAAAUCGCCGCCGCCGCCACACGGGUGUUUCACAGUUUACGUGGGUCCCACGAAACAGAGAGUCGUGGUGAAAACGAAACUGUUGAACCAUCCUUUGUUCAAGAACUUGUUAGAAGAAGCAGAGGCUGAAUAUGGAUAUAGACGUGAUGGGCCUAUUGUUCUUCCUUGCGAGGUUGACUUCUUCUACAAGGUUUUGGCUAAUAUGAAGUUUAAUGGUGAUGAGUAUGAUGAAGAAGAAGAAGAUGAUGAUGGUAUGAUUAACCCUCCGAUUUGCGGUUUGGGUAGUCCCUAUAGAUGUGCUGGUCUCGAUUCCAUGGGAGUGAGACGUAGCGGCUCGUACAAGCUUCUUCGAUCUCCAUCUUUGUUCAAAUUAAAUAGGUUUUGAUUUUUUCUUUUUUUUGAAAAUGAUAUAGGUUUUGAUUUUUUUUUUCCCUUUUCCAUAAUACUAGAUAUCUAAGAUCUUGUUCAUACCAUUACCUUAUGCAUAAAAGAAAAAAAUGUGAGGAAAAAAAAGAACCCUCACAUUUCCCUAAAUUAUAUUCCAUUUGUUUUUCUGAGAUUUUGAUGUCUGAUUUUGUAUCUUAAUAUACAUGUGAGUGUUUUUGGAUGACGCAGACUUUGAAUUAAAGAAAUUACUAAAAGCACUAAAUUUACUGAAACAAACGCUUCCUUGUAAACCGAAUUGUUUGUUGUUUAACAUAAAGCCACUACAUCAAAGACAUUCACAACAUCAACGGUUUAUUAAUCUUUAAGAAAAUCGACAAAAUAUUUUCUCCAUUCUAUAAUAAUAUUUUUUUCAUAUUUGCUUUGGGGGUUAAGCAAAUUAAUAACACAGAUGGGGUCUAAAUGAUUGUAUAUUUAGACUAAUAAAACUUGGUAUGACAAAGCAUUUUCUGGUUUUUGACAUUUAUGUUGAAUAAAAGCUAGUGAAAUUAAACAUUUAAAAAUCCUUUGAGUUGAAAAUAUAAAUUAAAAAAAAUUCAGCUAGUUCCUUUAAAAUAAUCUGGAACUACGAUUUCCUCCACUAUUCUGCAGACAAAACAGAAGAACGAAUAAGAAGGAUUUGAUUGUUAGUAAUCACAAAGAUUCACAACUAUUUAGAUCCAUAAAACAUACAAAACAUGUUAUUAAAUUAAUAGAACAUCCUAGUCCCAACAUUAUUAAUUUAUAGAGUUUUUAUUGUAUAUAUGUGUACAUAUACAAAUAGCAUAUUGUUUAUUUUAGAAUAUAUUUUUUAUAAAAUAAGAAAAAUUGAUUUUCCGUAUAUAUAUAUUGAUUAAAUUUUAUUCUAUUUUUAUAAAAAAAAAGUUUGGUGUGGUUUUAGAUAUAAUUUUACUAAAUAUUAUCUAAAUAUAUUGAAGGUUUAAGAAAAAAUAAAGAUGAAUUCUAUUGAAAAUAUAAAUCAAAGAAUACAAUGUUUUGUUUGAACUUAUAUAAACUGCAUAUAUCUAAAUUACUAAUUUGUAAUUUUAAUGGGACUAUGUAUUUCCAUAUGAUUGUCUAAAAAGCUAUUUUUAUUGUAUCUUAUUUUGAACCAGUCAAACUCGAAAUCGAUCGAUUUUAUUAAUUUAUUGUGUUUAUUAAUUUAUCUUGAAAAUGAUAUUUUAGAUCAAUAAAAAGAAAAAGAAAAAGAUCUUGUCAAGGUACAUUAGACUAACAGUUGAAAUAAAAAGACUCCUCACUAAGAUUUUGAUUGGUAGAACCUUUACAAAAACAUUAUAUUCUUUAUCUAAUCACUAUUUUUAUUAACGUGAUAUAUUACUAAAGCUUGAGGUGGUAUGUAAAACCAGACCGGAAUUUUACAUAUUUAAAAUAUCAUCUAUUAGAUGUAAAUGUUCUUUAUGUAAUGAUCUUUUAUGCUUUUGAUGAGAGCAUUUAACUUAACAAAUAUAAAAUACUAAAUAAAAAAUAAAAAAUAUUUAAAUUAAAUUAAAAAUAUACUUAUAUAAAAAUUAAAUGGUAUUUAAAAUAAAAUUUAUAAUUAAUAUAUUUAAAUCAUUUAAAAUAAUAAUAUUUUAGAUUAAGAAUAUAAUAUAUUAUAUGUAACUAACUAUUAUUCUUUAUUCUAGAGAUAUAUAAUAUCUAUAAAUAAACAAAUUUUAUAUUACAUAGUAAUUUUUUAUGAUGAUUUUGUUUAGGAAUCACUUACCCUUACUCUGCACUCACUUAUAAUAAAAAAAAUUGUCAUCCACUUUAAUAAUUUUAUUAAUGAAAUUAUAUAAUAUUUGCAACAUAGUACUUUUAUAGCAUAGUGCUAGAAUUUUAUCAGCAACUCCAUAUCUAUACGGAUACUGGGUCAUUCGAACAUCAUUAUAUUUUGCUAGUUAUAUAAUUGUUCUUUGAAUAAAUUUAGUGCAUAUUUAAUUUAGCUGAUUUCAAGUUUAUAUUUAAUCGUAUCAUAUCUAAUUAAUUUUAAUAUGCUAUCCUUUUAGCCAAUUAAUUUUAUAUUUAGAUUUUCUGUAAAUAAAUUACGUAAUUUUAUUAUCCUAAAGAUAAAAAGGAGUUAAAUUUCGUAUGAUUCAUGAAUUCAAUCCUGAUUUACUGAGAAAACAACUAUAAAGAUUAAUCCAAUUUGUGGAUUCUCUGUUAGAUAGGAUGUCUCAAGGCAAGCAUCAUAGAUUGAAUUCACCUUUUGCAAUCAAACCUUUAUAAAAAGAAAAAUGAAUUAAAUUCCGUAUGGUUCAUGAAUUUAAUCUAAUUUUAUUGGAAAAACAACUAAGAUACUGGUCCAGUUAAUUCUUUGUUAAUUAGGAUGUUACGAGGCAAGUAUUAUAGAAUGAAUUCACCAUUGCAAUCAAACCUUGUGACAAUUCAUCUUAUGUUGGAAAAGAGAGCAAAGCCACUAAUAAAUUUGGGGAUAAAGCAAAAAGUGCAUUCAGUUUAUGAGAUUAUGUGUUGAGAAGAUCCAUGGAUCUCAACAAUGCUUGCAAGUCUUGUUGAGUUAUUACACAUGUUGUUCAUCCAAUAAUGAUAGUGAGUGACUUAAUGGAGAGCCAAAAACAUGGAAGAUGGAAAAAUAAGGAACUUUAUCGCGGAAGAUGAUAUUUUAUUGAUACAAUCCUUGCCUAUAAAUCAAUUGAGGAAUCAAGAUAUUUUUGUUCGAGUUAUACGGAUAAUAGUCUAUAUAUAGUCAAAUUGAGAUAUUGA